AUGGCUACUCCUUUUGUUAAAUCUUCAAACGCAAAAGUUUAUGACGAGUUGGAUUUUACCGACAGACGAGACUUUGAAGACUCAAACAAAGGUUUCAUCUGUACAGUAGAUGGUGGGAUCAUUGACCAAUAUUCUCAAAGUUCAAAGAAAUGUUUUGAUGUUCACCAAACCGAUUAUUUAGAGCAGAAAUGUCCCGAGACAGUACAUCCAGCUUUAUGGAGACAAGAACAAUUAGUCCGUAUGCAUGGGUUAUAUGAAAUCAUACCCAAUAAAGUGUAUCAAUUUAGAGGCUUUGAUAUUGCUAACAUGUCUUUUAUUCGAGGUGAGAAAGGCUGGAUAAUAAUUGAUACAUUAUGUUGCAACGAAAGUGCGGCGACUGGGUUAAAAUUAUUAAGAGAAAAAGUUGCAAAUCUUCCAGUGACGUGUAUUAUAUUGACACAUUCACAUGGCGACCACAUUCAUGGGAUGGACGGUGUAAUAGAAGACGAUACUUUAGUGAUUGUACCUAAAGAUCUCUUUAAAUUGACAAUUUCAGAAGCUUUACUAGCCGGUGUUGCAAUGGAAAGAAGAGCCGUUUAUAUGUUUGGACACAACUUAGAAAGAAACGAAAAGGGUUGGGUUGGGUGUGGACUUGGGACCACAUCUUCUACGGGUCAACUCUCAACUUUCAAUCCAAAACAUUUGAAUGAAAUUUGUGAGGAUCAAACUUUGACUAUUGAUGGUGUGGAAAUCGACUUUAUGUACACUCCAAACGCAGAAGCGCCAACAGAAAUGAUGAUGUACUUCCCACAAUUGAAAGCUGUGUGUACUGCCGAAGAAAUUAAUAGAACACAACACAAUUUGUAUACUCCAAGAGGCGCACAAGCAAGAAAUGGGAAAGACUGGGCGAAGUAUAUAGACAACAUCAUUGCUAAAUAUGCGGAUAAAUUGGAUUACUCUUUUGGAUCGCAUAAUUGGCCAACUUGGGGGAAUAAGAAUAUAGUGGAGUACUAUGAAAAGCAGAGAGACUUGUACAAAUACAUUCAUGACCAGACUUUGAGACAAGCCAAUUUGGGAACUACUAUAAACGAAUUGCCUGAAAAAGUCAUUCUCCCCAAAAGUCUUUCUUCAGUGUUUUACAACAGAGGAUAUUACGGUACAGUCUCUCAUAAUAGCAGAGCAGAGUACCAAUAUUAUUUAGGAUUUUAUGAUGGGAAUCCAGCUAAUUUGAACCCUUUGACUCCAAUUAAAUUGGGUGAAAAAUAUGUGGAAGCUAUUGGUGGAGAGGAGAAGUGCGUUGCACUUGCUAAAGACUCUUUUGAGAGUGGAGAGUACCAAUGGGCAAUCACUUUAUUAAACCACGUCGUGUUUAAAAAUCCGAAGAAUUUAGAAGCUCGAAAAUUGUUGGCCGAGGUGUAUAGACAAAGUGGAUAUAUGCAGGAGAGCGCAGUUUGGAGAAACAUCUAUCUUACAGGCGCACUUGAACUGGAAGAAGAUAAAAGCAAAAUAGUUUAUGUUAGGAGCAGCACCUCAAGCACUUAUUUCUUGUUAAAAUUGCCUUUCAAUUACUUGUUUGAUUAUCUCGCUGUUUGUAUGGAGCCGACUGCUGUAGAAGCUAUCAACGAAGUCUUCAAUGUCACUUUUGUGGACACCAAAGAAAGUGGAAGUCUUCUAUUGAAAAAUUCAGUGUUAAAUAACAGAGAACAUACAGAUAAGCAUCCAACCACUCAAAUCAGUUGUACCAAAGAAGAGUUGGUCAAGUUUGUCGUGAAAAAAACAGACAGAAAAACAUUUGAAAAGGAAAUAAAUGUUAAAAUUGAAGGAAACAAAGAAAAUUUCUUCUGUUUCAUUGAAUCAACGCAUGUGCCUUCCCCAACAUUCCCUAUCAUUGAACCGUAA